GGGGGAAAUGUAACAGUAAUUAAAGGUUGGAGAGUAAUUAAUUUAUCAUAGUUGUUAAACAAUUUGGUUCGGACUUUAACCCUAAACUUAACCCAUUUCUUGUUUCUGGGGAAGCUCCCCAUACCCACUGUUCACUGUGGUUGCAUUCAAUUCCAUAGCGCCAUACACAAACAUUUCUUUCUGGCAGAAACACUAACUAUUUUAUUAUAAGUAUUUAUAAUGUCCAAUCAACAUGGGUCAUGAAAUUCCAAAUUUUUAUCCUCGUCUGCCAUUGGAGAGCUAUAGUCCAUCCCACAGGGAAGACCUUUUUUCAUACUAUGGAAUUUAAUGCGGAAAAAUAUUAUCUUUUGGUUAUUUCCAAAACACUUUUACUUUUCUUCUUAUGUCAAACUAGUCCAAGUACUCUGACUGAAGAGGGCUAGACAGACAUUUGGACAGAUAUUCAGCCCUACAGUCCGAGAUCAAGCUAUGUUUUUUUUCGGGCAAUCGCUGCCCACCACACGGUAGUCAAAGAAUCCCGCUCUAAUACCACAACAAUCCUAUGUUUGACGUUAAAUACCUUUUCAUUGAUCAUUUUUGAGCUACUUGAUUUUGAAAAAUCCACAUGUUCAUCACUAAUACAUGCACUACAGAAAGAAAUCCAACAGCACCCACAUUCAGCUAAACUCCGGGACACUCAAACGCAAAGACAGAAAAUUACCUAAUAUUUGGUAAUGAAGAAACAGAAAAAGACUUCAAACCUAGAUAUUAAAUAUAUUUAUUUUGGUGGCCGAAAUGACUCGAUCCAACUCUGGGUGAAUGGGAUUAAAGGCGAAACGGCACAGGGUUCAAAAUGGUUUCAGGGCAAAACAACCCGGAAUACCAUCUUUCCAACUGCCCAAAUAUUUUUUGUAAAUAUUUAUUAAGACUUAGUUAAAUAUACCUUAACACUAUGUCCUUUAAUUAUUAACUGUCUUCACCAUGAGCAAAGUGAAGGCGAGCUGAAGAUCACUCUACUAAAAUGGUUCUAGAUUGUCGAAGAAUGGGCAGGAAGAGUAGGAAAGGCGGGGGGAAGACGAGUCCACCCACCACGGGUGCCACUUGUGAAUCACCCACUCUGUCCAAGGCAGCCAGGAAGGAGAUCGGCGAACUUGUCAGUCAGCUCUUACAAGUCUGCUCAAAGCCAGUGGCUACCGGAGUGAAGGAAUGGGAAGACUACCCUGAGAUCCACGGACUGAUUGAGAAAAUUAGAAAACUCCAGUCACCUCUUGCCCCAGCUGAGAAGAACCGAGAGGAGUUCUUCCCCGCAUUCCUGGGCUGGCUAAAGGAGAAUGGUGUGCAGACCAAUUCUGUUGAGAUUGUUAAUUACCCCAGUUUUGGUUUCGGCCUACAGGCAAGACAGGAUCUAAAGGAACCUGAGUUAUUCCUGUCCAUACCUAGAAAGCUCAUGAUGACAGUUGAUUCUGCUAAAAAAUCUGGUCUAGGUGCAGUCUAUGCAGAAGACAAGAUUAUGCAAGCCAUGCCAAACAUAACACUAGCUUUACAUUUGCUGUGUGAGAAGAAAAAGGCGGAUUCCUUCUGGAAGCCCUAUAUUGACAUUCUCCCAUCUUCCUACACGACACCGCUGUAUUUUGGAGAAGAUGACUUGCAGCAUCUCAAGGGAUCUCCAGCACAUGGUGAUUCAUUGAGCCAGUAUAGAAAUAUUGCCAGACAGUAUGCAUAUUUCUACAGACUGUUACAAAAGAGUCCGGCAGCUUCCAGUCUUGCCAUUAAAGACAGCUUCACGUUUGAUGAUUACAGAUGGGCUGUCUCAUCAGUGAUGACACGACAGAACCAGAUUCCAACACCAGAUGGCUCUCGAGUGACCUUUGGCCUUAUUCCACUGUGGGACAUGUGCAAUCACACCAAUGGAUAUUUUACUGCGGACUUCAAUGUUGAAAAAGACUGCAGUGAAUGUUUCUGCUUGAGAGAUUUUAACAAGGAUGAACAGAUUUACAUUUUCUAUGGUGCCCGGUCCAAUGCGGAGUUUCUUGUUCACAAUGGCUUUGUUUAUCCUGAAAAUGAAAAUGACAGAUUAUGUCUAAAGUUGGGUAUUAGCAAAGGAGAUCCUCUAUUUGUUUUAAAGUCAGAAGUGCUGUCAAAAGUAGGGCUGGAAUCUUCUCGGGCAUUCUUCCUCCAUUGUGGUGACAAUCCGAUUGAUGGAGAUCUUUUGGCAUUUCUCAGAGUGUUCAACAUGGAAGAAGAGCUCUUAAAAGAAAGGUUUUCUGGAGAAAUGGCCGCAGAAAAUCUGCAGAAGUUAAAGGAAUUGGAGCAUCCUGUUAGUCCUGAAAAUGAUCAGAAAGUUUGGAAUUUCAUAGAAAUGCGAGCCUCAUUGAUACUGAAGAGCUACCCAACAACAAGAGAGGAUGAUGAAGAAGAGUUACAGAAGGAGGGUCUGUCUGAACCCCACAGACUGGCAUUACAGCUGAGAGUGUGUGAAAAAACUAUUUUACAAAACACUGUCAAAUACGCUGCAAAAGCAAAGCAAGAAGAGACUGUUGAAAAUGGCACCUAGCACUAAGCAGUGCCUGGUGUCUUCACACACAAAUUUCACUUAACUCUUAAAUGUCACUUCUAUUUUAACUUUUUUAUAAGGUGAAUCUUUAUUUUAUUUUUAUUUUUUUGUAAUUUUAAUUCUAUUUAAGAUGAAAAUUUGACACAUAAGAAGUUAUGACAAAAAAACAAUUACUUGGACUAAUUUUCAUAUUUUUUUCUAUUGACCCUACAUGUAGUGUGUUUGAGACAUCUCAUUGUGGAGAUGUCUGGUGCUAUUGUUUGCUCAGAUCAUCAUUGUAUAUUCCCUGGUUUGUAGUGAUCAUGUGGGUGUUAUAUUCAUAUUCCUUGACUAAAAGAAAGGUAUAUUCCCUGGUUUGUAGUGAUCAUGUGGGUGUUAUAUUCAUAUUCCUUGACUGAAAGAAAGGUAUAUUCCCUGGUUUGUAGUGAUCAUGUGGGUGUUAUAUUCAUAUUCCUUGACUGAAAGAAAGGUAUAUUCCCUGGUUUGUAGUGAUCCUGUUGGUGUUAUAUUCCUAUUCCUUGACUGAAAGAAAGGUAUAUUCCUUGUUUUGUAGUGAUCCUGUUGAUGUUAUAUUCCUAUUCCUAUACUUAAAGAAAGGGGACAAAUGUCAGUACCAUGUGAUCUACACACAAACAGACAUUUUUAAAUAACUGUCCCUUAAUGUUUUUACACAUAAAUUGCACAUGCAUUGUGUAUUUGACCCAGAACAAAAUGAUCUACAUCUGAACCAACUAUUGUGAAGUUAACAAAUUUAAUAUCACUAGAAAGUAUCAUUAUGUUAAGAGAAAAGUGACACGUAGCCAGAUAAAAACAGUUAAUUUCAUAAUCAGUCUCCUGUGUUUUCUGUGAAAAACAAAGACAUCUGACGGUAGAUUCCGAAAUUUGUCUGAUUGUCAUACUUGUCACUUUAAAGCCUACUGCAGACGAGAGCUGCCAGCUAAGAAAAACGUUACUUAAGACAUUUUGCUCAGCUGUAGGCUCCUAGCAAUUUCACUGCACACAAUGAGCUACGUGCUGAGCUAGUUUGCUUACAACUGUCACAAUGACGUCAAGAUGACUCAAUUUUCGUGUUGGCUAAUUCAGCUCAGCUGAUGGCAUACGUAGCCUGCACACAGUGAGAUUUUUGCCAUGCGUGGCCAGAAUAUCAAACACGAUAGAUAUUUUUCUCAUGACCAAAUCUUUUUUUUUGAUGCCUUUGAUUUAUUUACUCAAAUUUAUCAACAUGUAGUACAACUGGUUGUGUUCUGUUUGCUAAUAUAUUGCUGGUUCUGGCAGAUUUGAAGAGUACCAGUCUUGUAUGCAUUUGUUUUCAUUUUAAUCAUAUCACUGCCUAGAACCGAUAUUGUCUAUUGCUUCUGUUAUAUCGACAAAUCCUGGUAGUGUGACUACAAAAAAUUGUGAUUAAAUCUUUGUCUUCUG